AUGGCUUUAGCUCCUCCAAAUGAUGGAGAGAGACUGGAAUUUGACGAUGAAGAAGUCGAGCGAGAGGAGUUUCAACUCGAUGAACUAUUGCGCGAAUUUCAAAACGAGCCGUCGAUUCAGCACCGCCAGUUGCCUGAGACUGAUGACGAAGCAGAAGAUGAUGGCGAAGCUAGAGCUGAAGCAGGCGGUGAAGGUCGAGAGAGAAUGGUCACGAGAAUAAGUCGUGGUGAUGGGCAUUUGUACAAAGACCAGACUUUCUUCAACGGAGUAGCUUUCAAAGAGAGAGUCCUUGACUACGCCCUUAGAACAAGGUGGAAUAUCAGCCAAUACAGGUACGAUAAGGAUAAGAUUGGAUUUGAAUGUGCUGGUAGAGAGAAGCAUACAUGUCAAAAGACUGGACAUGUUGAGUUGGUGAAAGUCCCUGUGAUAGCUAGGCCUCAAUGUCAAGCUGGUAGGAACAAAGCUUUGAAGUGGAUUAGUAGUGAAUAUGAUCAGCAGUUUGCAAGACUCAAAGAUUAUGCUAAAGGUCGAGAUGCAGACAAUGCCAUUUAUCCAAUAGCCUGGGGUGUUGUAGAGGUGGAAAACAAUGAGAACUGGCAGUGGUUUGUGCAGAAGCUGAAGGUUGAUUUGGAUCUAAAAGAUGGUGACAGGUUCAUUGCUGUUUCAGACCGCCAUAAGGGAUUAGUCAGAGCUAUUAAGAUUGAGUUACCAAAGAUGGAGCAUCGUAAGUGUGUAAGACACAUCUACGGGAAUCUGAAGAAGAAACAUGGGAGCAAAAAACAGAUGAAGCAACACAUAUGGAGGCUAGCUGAAAGUUACAAUGAAGUCAAGUUUCAGGUGAACUUGGACAGGUUAAGAUGCUACGAUACAUGGGUUUACAAUGAUGUUAUGGCUACAAGUCCGAGGAGUUGGUGCAUGGCUUUUUACAAGCUAGGAAAUUACUGUGAAGACGUUGAAAACAACUCGACAGAGUCUUUUAACAGCUCAAUAAACAAGGCCAGAGAGAAGCCAUUCAUCCCUAUGCUUGAAGCAAUAGCAAGGCUUGCCAUGGCACGUAUUGCCGUAAGAUCGAGAAUAUCUCAUGAGCAUACAGUAUGCAAUUUGGAUAAGCCGUUUAGGAGAUACGUUUGUACUGAAGACUGGUCCACAGCCGGCCGAACGCACUCGGCCGGACAGGAAGGGAAUUGGCUUCGUUCGGCCUUCACCAGGACCGACCCGCACGACCAUACCGUUCAACCUGGGAAGCAUUGCCCCGUGGUCGACCAAUAUUUACCACAUGUCCCAUGCAGCCGACCGAGCGCAACGAUCGAUCCGGGAAGCAAUGAACUGCGCUUGACCCAUUCCUCGACAUGCGAUCAAAGCAUCCGGUCGAACGCACCAGUCGACCAGGAAGGCAAAGGAAUACGGUCGACCCAGAUAAUCAUCUCACGACCAAGACCAUCACAUCACGGCCGACCCCGACGUCCAACCACAUCCCUUGCACGGUCGACCCGAGGUCUGCGAACAAGAAUCCCACUUAUGAAGUUUUAA